AUGAAAAAAUUAUUAGGUUUUUAUAGAUUUAGCACUUAAAAAACAAAUAGAGAUAUUUAGUAGCUAUUAAAUAACAAUAGGGCAUGGUCAGAUUAAGUACUAAAAAUGAAUCCUGAUUUUUUCCCAGGUUUAGCUCAAUAAUAAACUCCAAAAUUUUUAUGGAUAGGCUGUGUUGAUAGUAGAGUAUCUCCUGAAAGACUUACUGGAAUGCUUCCCGGUUAGUUAUUUGUAUAAAGAAAUGUAGGAAAUCAAGUAAUACAUACAGAUUUAAAUUGUUUGUCUGUUGUUUAAUAUGCAGUAGAAGUUUUAAAAGUAAGACAUAUUAUUGUGUGUGGUCAUUAUAAUUGCUCCAGUGUUAAAAUUGCAAUUACAAACUAACAAGUUGGACUAAUAAAUAAUUGGAUUCUACAUAUAAGAGAUUAUUAUUUAAAGCAUUAGAAGUAUAUUGAUUAGUUUGAAGGUAACAUAAAAUGGGAUAAACUAGUUGAAAUCAACAUUGUGGAGCAAGUUUUAAAUUUAGGUCUAUCAACCAUCGUUUAAAAUGCUUGGUAGAAAGGACAAUUAGUCUACAUUCAUGGAUGGGUUUACGGUGUAUAAGAUGGGCUAGUUAGAGAUUUAAAUAUUUCCUCAUGCUCUCUUUAAUAGCUUAAGGCCAAUUACGAUAAAUAUUUGGAUUAAAUAAAAUAGUAAGCAAAAGAGUGCAAGGAAGAUCAAAUCAUAAAAUAAAAUGAAUAAAAUUGA